UGGAGGAUACAAGGACAAUAGCACAACAAGCUUUCUCAAUUCUCUUUGCUGGUAUAUGAUUGUCCUUCUCUAAGUUUGAGUAAAUUAUCAAACCUUAGGAGAAAAAAAGAAAGAACAUUUGAUGGGCUGCGCUUGCGUGAAGCAGCGGGUUGGAUAUGAAGACACAGCCAUUCUUGCUGCUCAAACCUGCUUUAAAGAAACUGAAGUUAAAGCUUUGUAUAAGCUGUUCAGAAAACUAAGCAGUUCUCUAGUCAAUGAUGGCUAUCUAAGCAAGGAAGAGUUUCAGCUUGGCUUAUUCGGAAACAGCAACAAGCAAAGUCUCUUUGCAGACAGGAUCUUCCAGCUCUUUGACACCAACCAUGAUGGGUUUCUGGAUUUUGGAGAGUUCAUUCGAUCUCUGAGCGUCUUUCACCCAGACGCUCCUCGCUCAGAAAAAGUUGGUUUUGCAUUUCAAUUAUAUGAUAUAGGGCAAUCUGGCUUCAUUGAACCUGAGGAGGUCAAGGAGAUGAUUUGGGCUCUUCUAGAUGAGUCAGACUUGAUUCUUUCUGAUGAUGAUGUCGAAGUCAUUAUUGAUAAGACAUUUGAAGAUGCAGAUUCAAAAAGAGAUGGAAAGAUCGAUCUGGAAGAGUGGAAGGAAUUCGUGGCUCGCAAUCCAACUUUGCUGAAAAAUAUGACUGUCCCACAUUUGAAGGACAUGACAACUGCUUUUCCCAGUUUUGUUCUGAGAUCAGAUAUUGAAGAUGAUCCUUCUUUUGAGAACACUGGACUGAAACAUGAAUGAGAUGUAUUGUUAUUCCAUCAUAAAGCAGUCAGAAAUUAGCAGUGUCAAAUCUUGACAAUCCUAAUAACAAAUUUCUCAGUCAGACCGUAGAGAUGCUACUGUCACUCUUAGUUUUGUUACUAAUAGAUGUAGCAGUUAAGAAUGCUACCUGCUAGCAGAGGAAUCAAAUGUUUCAAGCAUUGUUGAAG